GGGGCGUUGCCAUGGGAACGGGCGGGCGGGAGACCCGGUCCGGCGUGCUGCUCCCGGAGGGGCUCCGCUCCCGUUCCCGGGUCCGUGGGUUCCUCCCGCAGCCGCCGAGGCUGAGGGGCCGGGGCAGGGAUGGGGUUUUACCGUGUGCGAGCGGAUGGGCCGCUCCCCGCGUCCCGGAUGGGGUGAAAGGGAAGGGGAGAGCGGCCCAGUCCUCCACUCUCCCAGAAUCCCUCGGCGCGGCCGCUCUCUCUAGCCCGUCUCUAUGGCUGGGGCACAUGCUCUGUGCGUGGGGCCGGCGCGAUCUUGUCCCGGCCUCGUCAGCAGAGCGGGGACUCCCGGUAACCCCGGCAUGGCCCCCCCCCACAGGUAACGUUGUGGAUAGCCAGUCCCCCAGGCUAUUGGCAAAUCAGCUAAGAUGGGACCUGACUGCCGAACAGAUAGAAAACAUGGCUGCAGAGCUCACGGAGAGGACCAAGCUUGUGUAUGACCGGGUGGGCGCCCAGGAGCAGGGUGAGGUGUCCUAUGAAAACACUCUCAAGGCACUGGCAGAUGUGGAAGUGGAAUAUACGGUUCGACGGAACAUGCUGGACUUCCCCCAGCAUGUCUCUCCGUGCAAAGACAUCCGUGCGGCGAGCACCGAGGCUGACAAGAAGCUCUCGGAGUUUGACGUGGAGAUGAGUAUGAGGCAGGAUGUGUACCAGAGGAUUGUCUGGCUCCAGGAGAAAGCAGAGAGCGCUUCACUGAAGCCUGAAGCAAAGAGAUAUCUAGAGAGGCUGAUCAAAUUGGGUAAAAGAAACGGUCUCCAUCUCCCUGAGGAAACGCAGGAGAAAAUCAAAGCUAUUAAGAAAAAGCUGAGUGUCCUUUGCAUAGACUUCAACAAGAACCUCAACGAAGACACCACCUACUUGCCCUUCUCGAAGGAGGAACUAGGGGGGCUCCCUGAGGACUUCCUGAACUCCCUGGAGAAGACAGAGGAUGGCAAGCUGAAAGUCACCUUGAAAUACCCGCACUACUUCCCUCUCCUGAAGAAGUGCUACGUGCCUGAAACGAGGAGGAAGGUGGAGGAAAUGUUCAACUCCAGGUGCAAAGAGGAGAAUUGCUUGAUCCUCAAGGAGCUGGUGGACUUGCGGGCUCAGAAAGCCAGUCUGCUGGGCUUCAACACACAUGCGGACUUUGUGCUGGAGAUGAACAUGGCUAAAAGCAGCAAGACAGUGGCUACGUUCCUGGAUGAGCUGGCCCAGAAGCUGAAACCCCUCGGGGAGAAGGAACGGGCUGUGAUCCUGGACCUGAAAAAGAAAGAAUGCGAGAAGCGUGGCCUGGAGUUUGACAACCGCAUCAAUGCCUGGGACAUGCGCUAUUACAUGAACCAGGUGGAGGAGACCAAGUACAGCGUGGACCAGAAUCUGCUGAAGGAGUACUUCCCCAUGCAGGUGGUCACUGCAGGCCUGCUGGCCAUUUACCAGGAGCUGCUGGGGCUCACCUUCCAUCUGGAAGAGAAGGCUCCAGUCUGGCAUGAGGAUGUCCAGCUCUACACGGUGAAGGACACCUCCUCCGGGGAGACCAUCGGCAAAUUCUACCUGGACCUGUACCCGCGGGAAGGGAAGUACGGGCACGCAGCCUGCUUUGGCCUGCAGCCGGGCUGCCUCUUGCCGGACUCCAGCCGGCAGAUCUCAGUGGCUGCCAUGGUGGCCAAUUUCACCAAGCCCACGCCGGAUGCACCUUCCCUGCUGCAGCAUGAUGAAGUAGAGACCUACUUCCAUGAAUUUGGGCAUGUCAUGCACCAGCUGUGCUCUCAGGCGGAGUUUGCCAUGUUCAGUGGGACACACGUGGAGCGGGACUUUGUCGAGGCACCAUCGCAGAUGCUGGAGAACUGGGUGUGGGAGAAGGAGCCGCUGCUGCGCAUGUCCAGGCACUACAAAACUGGAAGCCCCAUCCCUGAUGAGCUGCUGGAGAAGCUCAUUAAAUCCCGGCAGGCAAACACAGGGCUCUUCAACUUGCGUCAGAUCGUCCUGGCCAAGGUGGACCAGGCACUGCACACCCAGACGAAGGCCGACCCCGUGGAGGUGUUUGCCCGGCUGUGUGAAGAGGUGCUGGGCGUGCCUGCUACCCCAGGUACAAACAUGCCCGCUACGUUUGGCCACUUGGCCGGAGGCUACGAUGCCCAGUAUUACGGCUACCUCUGGAGCGAAGUGUACUCCAUGGAUAUGUUCCACACGCGCUUCAAGCAGGAGGGGAUUAUGAACUGUAAGGUGGGCAUGGAUUACAGGAAUUGCAUCCUGCAUCCUGGCGGUUCCCUGGAUGCUUCCGACAUGUUGAGGAAGUUCCUGGGCCGCGAGCCCAAGCAGGACGCCUUCCUGGCCAGCAAAGGACUGAAGGUGGAGAGCAACUCGCUGCCUUCGGCCUGCUGAGAAACUGCUCCAGCCCAUUUUGAGUAAAGCCAGCUCCUUUGUCUACGCACCAGUCCUCUCAGGCCAAGCAAUACCCGGUACUUCUGUCGCCAAACGCAUCCUGGGCCAGCCCCUGCCUGGAGCUGUUCCUCCAGGAUCCUGCUCCGAGCUCACCCAGGGCUUCAGGAGCUGGGUUCAGCCCUGGUCCAGGGCUCUGCGGUGACAGCUCUGCAGAGGGAGUUGAAUUGCCUUUGUCACCCUCUCCGAGGGGGUUGGGGCUUUUGGUAGCCCACACAAAUUGGCUGAACUUUGAACCUGAUUGCUGCACAAGGGUGAGUUUUGGCCUCAUUUAUAGCUGGGGAGGAGGGUGAGAGGAGUUACCAAACUUGAAUCAUUGUUUUAAAAUCCCUUCUUUUUAAGAAAUGAGACUUCCCACCGGGCUUGGCUUGUUUUGUGCCCUGGGGCAGACUUACUGUUCAGAGCACGAAACAAGCAGCGUUGGAAGUCGUGCUCUCCCAUCUUUGGGCAGCUGGCAGCUGUGGAAUAAAGAUGGGGAGAUCCCAGAGCUUAAAAACCAUUGCAUUUACUGGAACGUCCUGCCCUGAGCCCCUCAGACGUUCCUGCCAGGGCAGCAGGCCUGGGAGGGGGGCAGAGAGGGCUGGUACAGCUCUUCCCAGAACAGGGGAUCUGGGGAGCGUGGCCUGGCCCCCAUGCACUGCCAGGCGUCCUCGGGAGGUUGUGCCUUCUCCCAGGCUGUAUCGGAACUGCUGGGAUGCUGUGCCCAGGGCCAUCUUAUGGCAGCCAGUGCCUUCUGGGCUCCGGUCAUAGCAGCAGAGGGUGUGUUGUUAUUGCUGUCACCUCUAAGCCAGGGUGGGACAGGGGAGGGCUGUGGAAAAAAAAAAAAAAAACAAAACCAACAACAAGUGGACAGCUUCAAACAACACGGAUGCCGGGGAUAAAAAUAUCAAGUGGGCUUUGUGCCAGGCCUUGAGCGGCUGGGCUUUGGGUGCGGCGCCGAGCUGGGGGAUGGCAGCCAGCCCUUUGACCAGCCUUGGGAGCAGCCGGGCUGUGCCACCUGCCCCCCCAGCUGUUCCCCUGUCCCCAAGAACCCUAAAACCGGUGCCCGCAUGGCGUGGGGUGGCGUGGCAUGGUGUGCCUCCCUCUGCUCGCCUCUGUGGUGCCGUUCCUCCUGGUGCCACCGUGCCCGAGCAGGCAGGAGUACAGCUCUGCUGAUGCGUGCAGGGCUGUGCGUUGGAGCUGCUGGAGGAGAGCACUGACCCCAUGGGCAAAGGCCGAUUUCAGGUUUUGCUCACGUAGGAAUCACGUGCAGGCUGGGAAAGGUUUUUAGCAGCGAGGGUGUGGGGCAGGUGGAAGGUAGGCUGCUUCCUUGGUAGCGGAGGGGAGCCGAGGACCUCGGAGGGGAGCUGCGAGCUCCCACCGGUGUGAGGGAUUUUGUGGUGUCAGGAUACUGAAGGCAGAUCUCAUUUUCUGGUGUCCCAGCCCACCUCCAGCCUCAGGUGCUUUGUGUGACGCCGUUUGACGGCUGCAGGAUUGGUCCCUGCAGUUCUUCUGUGGUUUGAGCACACAGGGGGUGCCGUGCUCGCACCCACCACCCUCGUCAGGGCUACGUGUGGGAGCUGCCGUCCCUCCCCAGGGUCUCACGCUGUGGCUCCCUCCCCAACUGGGCUGUUCCCUUUGCUUCUCCUCUUGUCUGGGCUGCAUCACCGGAGCGGUUCUGGCUUCCUUCCCCGCAGCCGCUGAUGAGGGUGUUGGAAGAAGGCUCGCCCCAAGUGCAGACAAAGUCGUUGCCGUCACCUCCCUCCCCCAGACACCCCUGGUGACACGGGAAGACUGGUGACACCCUCCCUUGCUGGUCCCCUCUUGUGCUGACAUGUGGACAGGUCCGUAAGCAGCGAAGUGGCUCCUUAGUGUUAGCUGGGGCCACGUUGAGCAUCUUGUCUUUGUCCCCACCCUCUGUUUUAGGCAUAGGCGAGUGUCUGUGUCCCACGUGCCGGCUGUGCAGGGCCGGGCGCUCUCGAGUUGAUGCUGUGGGUGUUUUAAGUGUCAUGUUUUACUGAGCUUUCAGCAUUUUCUUUCAGACCUCUCCUCUCGAGGGAGAGAACUGAAGCUCAACAGGGAAACCGCGCACUUUCCUCCCUCCUUCCCAGGCCACAAAUAACUCUGUUCCUCCCUCCAGUAACCCCUGCUGCUGGCAGUGUGGUGAGAGGUGCUGCCGGAGGCUGUGGCCAGGCAGAGUGGGGGGACCUGAUGCCUCUCCAAGCGCUGCCGUUCCCUAUGCAUGGGUGAUCCCCAGGAGCAAUGCCGGGAACCGGGCUCCUUGGAGCUGCACCUUCUCCCCCCCCAGCUCCUCGUCCCCAUCCCGUCCCAGGCUGGUGGGGAAGAGAGGUCCCUUUGGGGUUUGGUUGGGUUUUGGUUUUUUCUGUUAACCUUUUCUAAGGGCGAACUGGUGUGUGUGUGCCGUUCGUAAUGGUCACGUCCCAUCCUGCUUGUUUCAAUGACUGGAUUUUAGACGGUUCCUAGUGCUAAUAAAGGUUUUCCUAAGCGGA